AUGACCAACCCUGAAGACACUCCUUUAUCUUCUUCUGUUAACUCUCAUCACGACAAAUCAACCACAAAUACAACUUUUCCUGGCAACAUGCCUCCGAUCCCAACUUCAUUCAACAUCUCUCAUCUUUUCACCACACCAAUGGACAAAAAUAAUUACCUUUCUUGGAGAUCUCAGUUUAUGGAUGUCCUAGAACUUCAUGAUCUAGAAGAUGUCAUCGCAUAUGAUACCCGUCCUCCGAAGAAGCACGCUGAUGGAACACCAAAUCCAGCCUACUCAAAGGACAAGUUGGUCCUGAGUUGGAUUAAAGCAACUGCAUCCUCAACUAUCAAAACUCUUCUCAUCCCAUGCACAACGGCUCACGAAGCCUGGGAUCUACUUGAGCGAAGGCUUUCUCCAUUAUCCAAGACUUAUCUUCGUACCUUGCGGGAUCAAAUCCGCACUCUCAAAAGAAACUCAGACAAACCCGUUGCCAACUAUCUGAUGCACGCCAAAUCACUCUUUGACUCCCUCACAGCAGCCGGUACAACAAUGUCGGAUGAAGAAUUCAUUGAGUACAUCUCCAAGUGCCCAUGCACUGUGAUAGUGUCAGAGUAA